UUUAUAUUACCAAAGUCGUCGAAGUAAAUCGCACGGCACAAGUUGUGGCCAAGGAUAUACAUAACUACAUGAUGCAACACAACCUAUCCUGCCUGUAUGUAUCCAUGCCUCCGUUUGCACGGACGAUGCUAACCAUACUGAAAAACGCCAAUGUUCCACAAGUGAAAACAUUUGCUGAUAUAUCGACUAGUGAGUAUCCAGAAAUUGCUAAAAUAAAAGAGGGGUAUGUUGUUUCUCUCUUGGAACAAGAAAUUUGUGCACGUUCUAAAGUCUUUCUGUCAACAACCCACUCAUCAUGGUCACGAAUUGCGGAGAUUCCGAGAACUGUGCAUGGGGAAAAAACUUUAACGCUAGAAACUUUUGUUUCCUGGAAAUCACCUAUAGUAGCCCUCAAAUAGAAACAUCAUAAUUAUACAACAUCACAAAUUAAACAACCAACUACACACUCCUUAAGUUCAAAACGG